ACCCUACAUUUGUUAAACCCUGUGUCAUCUUCUUCUCCAUCUUCCAUUUUUUCUCAAAACUGUAAAAAAAAGAACUACAUGGGGGGCUUUAUUUCUACUUAUUUAAUGGCUAAUUGAACUUAAUUUGAAAAAAAAUAAAGCUAUGGCAACUAAGAAGAAGAAGCAAAAUCAAAAUUCCAAGAAGAUUAGUAAAAGGAAGCAGCAACAGCAGCAGCAGCUGUUUUUGAGUGAAGAUGAUUAUCGACUUAGGCUUCAAGAGGGUUUGUAUUCACCUGAUUACAUACUGGCUAAAAUUUUCAGAAAAGAUGGUCCUCCACUUGGUGGUGAAUUUGAUCUUCUUCCUUCAAAUGCUUUUUCUCGCAGUAAGAAAGGUUCCAGAAUCUCUAGUCACGCUAGACAAGAAAACCAAGGAGCGACUAAGAGGAGAAAGGUAGGCAUGGUCUCUGUGCCUGCCAGCAUGCAUUGCCGAGCUUUAUGUGAAAGUAGCCCUCCUGUUAAGAAGUAUGGUACUGGGAAAGGUCCGAUAACCAAAGACGUUUUGGUGAAAAAACAUAGUGCUGCAGCGACUCUUAGAAAUCAUGGUAUGGGGAAGGGUUUGAUGACAGUUUGGCGGGCAACAAAUCCUCACGCCGGAGACAUCCCCACUGGUGUUGAUUUUGGAGAGAGUGCUGGAGAGAGAAAGAAGAAGUUGCUGCAGCGACAGUCUAUUUUGAGAAAAAUAGAAAAGAAAUUGCAGGAUAAGAAGAAGGUUGGUGUGAAAUGCAGAAAGGCAGAGAAUAAAAGGAUUGAAAAUCAGAAGAUGCCUCGUAAGGAAAAAUGUGAACUUGCGCUGGAAUGGAGAAAGUGCCAAGAAGGAUUACCUCUAAAAAAAAGAAAGUGCCAACAAGGGUGCACUCAGUUGGGGUCACUAGUGGAUGAUGAGGAACUUGAGUUAAUGGAGUUGGAAGCAGGACCUAACUCAUUGACAUGCUGUACACACUUUGCAAGCAAUGGACUUCGUGUCUGUUCACUUUGCAAAGGUUUACUUCCAAAGUUUCCUCCGGAUUCAGUAGUAAUGAAGCUGCCUCUCUAUGUGCGACCGUGGGAUUCCUCUCUAGAGCUCGUCAAGAAACUUUUCAAGGUCUUCCACUUUCUUUGUACUUAUGCUGCAAGAAUUGAUAUCUGUUCCUUCACAAUUGAUGCGUUUGCACAAGCAUUUCAUGAAAAAGAUUCCUUGAUCCUUGGACAAGUUCAUUUAGCCUUUCUCAGGCUUCUUUUGGCAGAUGUUGAAAUUCAGCUUAACAGAGGAUUCAUUCAUCAUGCAAGCAGAAGUUGCAAUUUCUUGGGAUUGAUUCACUCAAUUGAACAUGAAGAAUUUAGUCUGGAACUCUGGAUUAGUUCUCUCAAUGCCUUAACAUGGACUGAGAUACUACGGCAAGUCUUGGUUGCUGCUGGUUUUGGUUCCAAACGUGGUAGAGUACCUGGGGAGGCUCUCAGCAAGGAAGUUAGUUUGAUGGCCAAGUAUGGGUUAACCCGAGGUACACUGAAGGGUGAACUUUUUAGCAUUCUGCUAAUUAAAGGAACUGAUGGAAUGAAAGUUCACGAGCUAGCAAAACUUCAAUCUAUUCUUGAAUUGAAUCUGGCAGCGACAACCAUUCAGCUAGAAGAUUUAAUAAGCUCAACCCUUUCUAGUGACAUUACCUUGUUUGAAAAGAUUUCAUCUUCAGGGUACCGUCUACGUAUUAAUCCUUCUUCACAGGAAUCUGAAAUUUCUUUUUCAGAUUCCGAAGGAGAUGACGCAGAGGUUAUUAGUGGAUACAUCAGAGACAAUUCAGACUGUGAGUCUCGUGAACUAGUUCGAGCUGAAUCUGAAUGGAGAUAUCAUCAGUUUGAAAAUAGGAAGAGUCUGUCAACAGUAAAUACUGAAAUUGACGAAAGCUACUCAGGAGAAGCAUGGUUGUUGGGGCUUAUGGAAGGUGAAUAUUCAGAUCUGGGCAUUGAAGAGAAGCUGAACGCCUUGGUGGCAUUGGUUGAUCUUCUUACUGUUGCAUCCAGCAUCGCUGAAAAGGAUCCGAUGCCAUCAGCUGUAGAAUGUGCUCCUGCAAUGAUUCAUCAUGCUUCCGGUGGAAAAAUAAAAAGGUCGUCAGCAAAUUCAUCCUACUUGACUGGGCAAGCACAAAGUCAUAGUAGACAACUUAGUAAUCAAGAUCCAACAGUGUCAUUGGAACUUCAGCCAGUUGACUCCUCAGUGUCAAUGUCAAAACUCUAUGUGAAAAAUAAGUCAGGCACUGCAAAGAAUGCGAAAGAACUGGAAGCUGGGGAUGAGUUGCACCCAAUGCAGUCUAUCUUCCUCGGCUCUGACCGUAGGUACAAUAGAUACUGGAUAUUCUUGGGCCCUUGCAAUGAACUUGAUCCUGGGCACAGGAGGAUUUAUUUUGAAUCUUCUGAAGAUGGUCACUGGGAGGUGAUUGAUACUGAAGAGUCUUUAUUUUCUUUGUUGGCUGCCUUGGACCGUAGAGGUAUACGAGAGGCUCUUCUAGUUGCAUCUCUGGAGAAACGGGAAACCUUCCUAUGCCAAGCAAUGUCAAAUAUUCUGAAUGAUGCAGGAGAUAGCCAAUCACCUCGAUGUGGAAGGAACUUUUCUAGAGAAGAUAGUUCAUCAUCUGCAAUUUCUGAUGUGGACAACUUAAGCCUUUUUGAAGUGCACAAUGGUUCUACUGGUUCGAAGGUGCCUGUAGGUAGGAAAGGCGAACAUCAGCAAGACAAAUGGAACAAUGCUCAAGCUUUUGACACAUGGAUGUGGAAAUCAUUCUAUUGUAAUCUUGCCGCUGUAAAACGUGGGAAAAGGUCUUAUCUUGAUUCACUUGCAAGGUGUGAACAGUGUCAUGAUCUAUACUGGAGGGAUGAGAAGCACUGCAGGAUUUGCCACACCACGUUCGAGCUUGAUUUUGAUCUUGAAGAAAAAUAUGCCAUUCAUACUGCAACAUGUAGGAAAAUCCUAGAUCCUGAUAAGUUAUCAAAGCAUAAAAUUCUCCCAUCAGAAUUGCAGUCACUUAAAGCUGCAAUACAUGCAAUUGAGUCAGUAAUGCCUGAAGAUGCCCUAAUUGGUGCUUGGAGAAGAUCUUCCCACAAUCUUUGGAUCAAAAGACUGCGCAGGGCGUCAACUUUAUCAGAGAUUUUACAGGUUCUUGCUGAUUUUGUCACUGCUAUCAAUGAGGACUGGUUGUGUGGAUCUGGUCAUACUUUGGGAUCGAAUUAUGACCCAGAAGAACUUAUUGCAAGCUUUUCAAGCAUGCCCCAGACUUCAUCUGCAGUUGCAUUUUGGUUGGUCAAGUUGGAUGCCUUGGUCGGACCCCACUUGGAAAGUGUGCCCAUUAGCACUAUACAAGUCUAAAGGGGUAAAGAUCUAAACAUAAAUAAUUAAAUGAAAGGAGCUAAGAACACUGAAAUCUUCAGGCAAUAGUGGUAUGCUUUCUGUCAUGCCCACUUAGGCUUGUUGCAAGUCUUAUCAUCUUUUAUAACUGUACAAGUAGGUUGUUCAAACAGGUCGAUAUUCUUUAGUCUCCUGGAUAGAGAACAUGGUUUGUAUCAAAGUCAAACCCAUCAAACUUCUUUGUGCCAAAUUUAAAGAUGCUUGGAGAGAGGGUUAUUCCUAUCAUUAUCCCUGAUGGAAUCAUGCUGCUCAUGGCUACAAGUGUAACAGAAAGAUUUAUGAUUUUUUGCAAAGUAAAGCAGAAAAUACGGCAGUUCAGCAAUCGGUUCAACAACGGAUGCUGAUAGAUGUACAAUGUUACUUCCCGACAUCCAUUUUUGUUAUCAUCACUAUACCUAGGAUACAUGAGUGCUUCUUGAAUGUAAAUAGUAGUGCAGGUUCUCUUCCUCAUCUCCAAUCCUCUUUAACCCAAUUUUGGUGUAUUAGGACUUGUUCUUGAUUUCUUCACAUGUAUUAGCUCAUUCCUUGUAUGAUAAAACUGUUACACAUGUUUUCUCUUGGCGGCAAUAAAAUAAAAGUUUAGUUGGGCAA